AUGCGUACUAGAUCCCCCUCCACCGCAAGUGUGCCACUGGCAAGUGCACUCGAAGUCACGCGGCAGAGUGCCAGUGGGCAGAUUGGCAGCGGUCAGAGCAGUACCGACGGUGACACAGAAAGUGAAGAGGACUCGAGUGCCGAUGAAUGGAACUCGAAGGACUGGCGCUGCGCCCGUUUUCAAGGCACUCUGCCACUCGUGCUUUCCGCUCGCAUCCCACUCGAGGUUUUUGGACUUAUCAUCGAUGAGAUGGAUCAAUUCACUUCGGCAGCCGCAGCGCUGGUCUGCACGGCUUGGCACCCUCGAGCGAUGCGCAGCCUCUACCGUAUCGUCAACAUCAGCAGCCGUACGAGCUUCGACAUCCUGAUCAAGCAGUGUCGCGCGUCUCCGCAUGUGAAGAGGUGGCUCGCUACUACGCGCGAGCUAGUGGCCAACGACUACGAACGCUCUUAUGGGAAUUCGAAACACCAUCCCUUCCUUCAGGUGCUACCCAUUGCGCUCGUUCAUGCGAUGCCCGGCGUACGCACCCUUUGCAUGAGAGGAGGAAAUCUUCGUUUCAUCCGGCCGACCUUCUUCCUUGGCCUGUUGCACUUCAAGGCCGUCACGUCGUUGACCCUGUGUGGGUGCAAACUGAAUAACCUGGAACAGCUGUGGCGCAUCAUCUGGGCCUUCCCUCAGCUAACGGACCUCAGUAUAACUGGCAUCGAGCUCACUCAAGAACUCGGGGGUCCUGCCUGCUGCCCAGGAGCCACACCGGUCCAGUCCCCACGUCUUCAACGCCUUAACAUUGAUAUUGAUGUCAAAAGUGCUGUUUUGGUGACGUUCAUUGACUGUAUGACACACUCAGGCUGUUUCACCUCCCUCAAAGAGCUGAGGCCGUGGCUGGUUUAUAAAUUCGAAAAUUCACUAGAGAACCUGACUAAAGCCCUAGAAGCCACAGGGGGAUCCCUGACUCUGUAUCACGAAUGCUGCACAGGGGUUGAUUGUGAGCCUGCCCCAGACGGUAGAGAUGAUCACGGCAAUCUAUCACAUAAUACCGCACUGCGGUCCCUAGGAUUCCAGAUGAACGACAUAUGCCCAGAACACGGAGACCAAUGGCUUGAGCCAUACAUCAAAUGGGUGGAUGAGUUAUAUGGUGUCCUCUCCACCGUCCGGAGUUAUGAGCUCGAGUACAUCAAGAUCCAAUCUAUGCUUGGUUACUAUGACCACGAUUACAGGGAGCUCGAGUUCGUCCUCGAGAACAUUGACUUGGGGGCCUUGCACGAGGUCAUGGGCCGACCAUAUUUUGACGUUCUGGAGGACGUUGAGGUGAAGAUGGACCUCUUCGGGGUGCUGAAUGACAGCAAAGUUGAUGACGUCGGUCGGAGACUCGCACCCGUGUACCGUGGUUUACUGCGGCCAUGGUCUGACCGCGGUAUAGUCAACGUCAUCCAAUGUGGCUCCGGGUUGUCGUGA